AUGGCGGAAGGGCUGGAGCGUGUCCGGAUCUCCGCGUCGGAGCUGCGAGGGAUCCUGGCCACUCUGGCUCCGCAGGCCGGGAGCAGAGAAAUCAUGAAGGAGCCCAGGCAACGCAAAGAUAAUAGACGCCCUGACCUGGAAAUCUAUAAGCCUGGUCUAUCACGACUAAGGAACAAGCCUAAAAUCAAAGAACCCUCUGGGAGUGAUGAACUUAAGGAUGAAAUUAUUAAUGACAGAGAUUCUUCAGCUGUUGGAAAUGGUACACAGCUCAUUAAAGAUGUUUGCAAGGAACUGGACAACCAACAGCAAAAUGGUCCUGUAGACCCUGAAAAUACUCGGGCACAGGAGUCCUCUCCUAGAAUUGCUGGACAAGAGGAUCAAAGUCUAAGAAUUAUCAAGAAAACAAAGAAACCUGACAUGCAGAUCUAUCAGCCUGGAAGGCGCAUGCAGACUCUAACCAAAGAAUCUACCAGCAGGAUGGAUGAGGAAGAAAUCCUCAACCAGGUAGAACAACUGAAAGUAGAGGAAGAUGAAUGUAGGGAACAAAUGAAAGAGGAGGUUGUGAAUAAGCCAGACAAAAAUGAGACACAAAGGAGCCUAAAUUGUGACAGAGUAAGGGCUGCAAAGGGAGAAAAAGGAAAGAGGAUUGAAAAAGGGGAGGGGAUGAAGAAAGUGAAUGAAGACCCAGCACAGGGGAAGCCCGGUUCUGCAAAGCGCUAUUCCCGCUCAGACAAACGGAGGAACCGCUACCGCACAUGCAGUACCAGCUCAGCUGGUAGCAACAACAGUGCUGAGGGGUCUGGCCUGACUGAUAAUGGAUGUCGCCGCCGCCGCCAGGAUAAGACCAAGUUGAGGUCACGACUGAAGAAGCAAGUAUCUAUGUCCUCAACUGACUCCUUAGAUGAGGACAGAAUUGAUGAGUCUGAUGGGCCUAGGAGGAGCACAGAAAGGAAGAAACAUUUAGAAAGAAACUCUUCUGGCCAUGGGGAGGGGGAGCAGAAAAGCAAUGGUAAAGAAAAUCGAGGUACUCUUCGUGUCACUUUUGAUGCAGAAACCAUGAACAAAGAUUCCCCCACAGUGAGGCCAGCCAGAGAGGAUGUGGAUAGGAUAAAGUCUGAGAAAGGCUUGAGCAGUAGGGGCAAAGACUCUGAGAAGCAGGAGUCCAAAAACUUGAAACAAGAACUUCGGGGUCGUGGCCGUGGCAUUCUGAUUCUGCCUGCCCAUACCACCCUAUCUGUCAAUUCAGCUGGUUCUCCAGAGUCUACACCUUCAGGAUCUCGGCUGUUGUUUGGAUCUGGUUGUAAGGGAUCUCGGAGUUGGGGCCGAGGAGGCACCACUCGACGAUUGUGGGACCCAAACAAUCCUGAUCAGAAACCUGCUCUAAAGAGCCAGACACCCCAGCUACAUUUCUUGGACACUGAUGAUGAAGUCAGCCCUACAUCUUGGGGUGACUCACGCCAGGCCCAAGCAUCUUACUAUAAGUUUCAAAACUCUGACAACCCUUAUUAUUACCCCCGGACACCAGGCCCUGCCUCCCAGUAUCCUUUUACAGGCUAUAGCCCUCUUCAGUACCCAGUGGGCCCUACAAAUGGUGUGUACCCAGGGCCCUACUACCCAGGCUACCCGACUCCCUCAGGACAAUAUGUUUGUAGUCCUCUCCCUGCCAGCACCAUGAGUCCUGAGGAGAUGGAGCAGCACAUGAGGAACAUGCAGCAGCAAGAACUACAUAGGCUUCUCCGGGUGGCUGAUAACCAGGAACUACAGCUCAGCAACCUGCUCUCCAGGGACCGCAUCAGUCCGGAGGGCCUGGAAAAGAUGGCUCAGCUUAGAGCUGAACUGCUGCAGCUAUAUGAGCGCUGUAUUCUCUUAGAUAUUGAGUUCUCUGAUAAUCAGAAUGUGGAUCAGAUCCUGUGGAAGAAUGCUUUCUAUCAGGUGAUUGAGAAGUUCAGGCAGCUCCUCAAGGAUCCAAAUGUUGACAACCCAGAACAGAUUCGGAACAGACUGUUGGAACUCUUGGAUGAGGGUAGUGACUUCUUUGAUAGUUUGCUUCAAAAACUGCAGGUUACUUACAAGUUCAAACUGGAGGACUACAUGGAUGGUCUUGCCAUUCGUAGCAAGCCAUUACGCAAGACAGUAAAAUAUGCAUUAAUCAGUGCCCAGCGAUGUAUGAUUUGUCAAGGAGAUAUUGCUAGGUAUCGGGAGCAAGCCAAUGACACAGCAAACUACGGGAAAGCACGCAGUUGGUACCUGAAGGCCCAGCACAUUGCUCCCAAGAAUGGGCGCCCCUAUAACCAGCUGGCUCUGCUGGCAGUGUAUACGAGGAGGAAGCUUGAUGCUGUGUAUUACUAUAUGCGCAGUUUAGCUGCCAGCAACCCUAUCCUGACUGCCAAGGAGAGUCUCAUGAGCUUGUUUGAAGAGACCAAACGAAAGGCAGAACAGAUGGAAAAAAAGCAACAUGAGGAAUUGGAACUGAACACUGAUCAGUGGCGGAAAGGAAAGAAGUCUACUUUCCGGCAUGUUGGAGAUGACACUACUCGCCUGGAGAUCUGGAUUCAUCCAUCCAAUCCCCGGUCCUCUCAGGGCACUGAGUCUGGGAAGGAUUCUGAGCAGGAGAAUGGGCUGGGCAACCUGAGCCCCAGUGAUCUGAACAAAAGGUUCAUCCUCAGUUUUCUCCAUGCCCAUGGGAAGCUGUUUACCCGGAUUGGGAUGGAGACAUUCCCUGCAGUGGCUGAGAAGGUACUCAAGGAGUUCCAGGUAUUGCUGCAGCAUAGUCCAUCUCCUGUUGGAAGUACUCGCAUGCUGCAGCUUAUGACCAUCAACAUGUUUGCUGUACACAACUCCCAGUUGAAAGAUUGCUUCUCGGAGGAGUGUCGCUCUGUGAUCCAGGAGCAAGCUGCAGCCCUGGGCUUGGCCAUGUUUUCUCUCUUGGUGCGGCGCUGCAGCCACUUACUUAAGGAGUCUGCCAAAGCUCAGCCAUCCUCUCCUGAGGAUGAGGAUGACCAAGAUGACAUCAAGGUUUCUUCCUUCGUUCCGGACCUGAAGGAACUGCUCCCCAGUGUGAAAGUCUGGUCAGACUGGAUGCUCGGCUACCCAGACACCUGGAAUCCUCCACCCACAUCCCUGGAUCUGCCCUCACAGGUUGCUGUGGAUGUAUGGUCGAUGCUGGCUGAUUUCUGUAACAUACUGACUGCGGUGAAUCAGUCUGAGGUGCCACUGUACAAGGACCCGGACGAUGACCUCACCCUUCUUAUUCUGGAAGAGGAUCGGCUUCUCUCGGGCUUUGUCCCCUUGCUGGCUGCCCCUCAGGAUCCCUGCUACGUGGAGAAAACCUCGGAUAAGGUUAUUGCAGCCGACUGCAAAAGGGUCACAGUGCUGAAGUAUUUUCUGGAAGCCCUUUGUGGACAAGAAGAGCCUCUGCUGGCAUUCAAGGGUGGAAAAUAUGUGUCAGUGGCACCCGUCCCAGACACCAUGGGAAAGGAAAUGGGAAGCCAAGAGGGAAAACAACUGGAAGAUGAGGAGGAGGAUGUGGUGAUUGAAGACUUUGAAGAAGAUUCAGAGGCUGAAGGCAGCGGGGGCGAGGAUGACAUCAAGGAGCUUCGGGCCAAGAAGCUGGCCCUGGCCAGGAAGAUAGCCGAGCAGCAGCGUCGCCAAGAAAAGAUCCAGGCUGUCCUGGAGGACCACAGUCAGAUGAGGCAGAUGGAGCUCGAGAUCAGACCCUUGUUCCUUGUACCAGACACCAACGGCUUCAUUGACCACCUGGCCAGUCUGGCACGGCUUCUGGAGAGCAGGAAGUACAUCCUGGUGGUGCCCCUCAUCGUGAUCAAUGAACUGGAUGGCCUGGCCAAGGGUCAGGAGACAGAUCACCGGGCUGGGGGCUAUGCCCGUGUGGUGCAGGAAAAGGCCCGGAAGUCCAUUGAAUUCCUUGAGCGGCGAUUUGAGAGUCGGGACUCUUGCCUGCGGGCCCUGACCAGCCGUGGCAACGAACUCGAAUCCAUUGCCUUCCGCAGUGAGGACAUCACUGGCCAGCUGGGUAACAACGAUGACCUGAUCCUCUCCUGCUGCCUUCACUACUGCAAAGACAAGGCGAAGGACUUCAUGCCCACCAACAAAGAGGAGCCCAUCCGGCUGCUGCGGGAGGUGGUGCUGCUGACCGAUGACCGAAACCUGCGUGUGAAAGCGCUGACGAGGAACGUGCCCGUGCGGGACAUCCCGGCCUUCCUCGCGUGGGCCCAGGUGGGCUGA